AUGAGAAAAAUACGUUUUCGUUAUAUAAAAGAAAAUGGACAAUCAACAUCGGUUACUGUACGAUGUAGUCUUAAACGUAAUUCUUCACUUAUAUCUGAAGCACUCAGACAUUAUCAACGAUUGGAACGACAAAAUGAUGGAGAAAUAUCAACAAAAAAAUUAGAUAAACAAAAUCGACGUCAUUAUCAACAUGUAAAAGAAUGUAAAUUUCGACCUAUUGGUAUUCAACAAGCUGUAACACAAAAAAUUAAACCAACAACUAAUAAUAAUAAUAAUCAUCAUUUUGAUCCAAUUCAAUUACGUCGUAAGCAAUGUUCUUCAACAUUAAUUGAUGAAGAUCUUCCAAUAAUAUCUAAUUCUAAUCUUAAUUAUCUUUCAUCUCCAUAUUCAUCUUCUUCUGGUUUUCGAAGUAAUUCUCAUUCAUUAAGUAAUCAAACAUCAUCAGUAAGUGAUGAUAUAGAAAUAUCUAAAGAAAAUCUUAUUAAACGUGGUAAUAUAAUUAAAGAAAUUUAUAAAACUGAAUGUGAUUAUUUAGGACAUUUAAAAAAUUUAGUUGAUGGUUAUUUAAAAAAAAUGCGUUUACGUAUAGAUUUAUUUUCUGAAAAACAAAUUGAAUUAUUAAUGGGAAAUAUUGAAGAAAUCUAUGAUUUUCAACAAUCAUUUUUUCAAUUAUUAAAAUUAUCAAUUGAUGAAUUAAAUCCACAUGAAAGUCUUAUUGGAAAAUGUUUUCUUCUUUAUAAAGAAGAAUUUAAAAAAUAUUCAGAUUAUUGUAUUAAUCAUUCAUUAUCAUGUUUAGAAUUAGUUAAACUUGAAAAUAAUAAUACUUAUCGAAAUUUUUUUGAAACAUGUCGAUUACAAGCAAAUAUGAUUGAAUUAAAAUUAGAUGCUUUUCUUCUAACACCAAUUCAACGUAUUUGUCAAUAUCCAUUACAAUUAAAUGAAUUAUUAAAAUAUACAUUAUAUGAACAUAAAGAUUAUAAUAAUAUUCAACAAGCAUUAAAUACAAUGCGUGAUGUUGCAAGUUAUAUUAAUGAACGAAAAAGACGUAUGGAAUAUAUUGAAAUUAUUCAUAAAUGGCAACAUACAGUUGAAUGUUGGCAGGGAAAAGAUAUACUUGAAACAAGUACACAAGGUCUUGGUCGUGCUGAUGCUUAUUUAUAUCAAAAUGGAAAAAAAGAAUCAGUGAUAUUGUUUCUUUUUGAUCAUAUACUUAUUAUUUGUAAAAAAGUAUGUUUAAGUAAUAAUAAGAUAAAAAAUAAAAAUUUUAUGUUUUUUUUUU